GGGUCUCCUCUUUAGGUCUCACUGGGUAAUAGCAGCCAUUGAGAGCGAGGCCAACAAUGACCAGGGUUGCCGCCUUAACUGCGACAGGGAAGGUGACCUUGUGGGCGAUCCGUUCGACUGCUCCAUCUAUUACAAGUGCGAGUCUAAGGGUCUAGUUGGCCCUCUUCUCUGCCCCGGCGACCGACCUUACUUCAACGGGAUGACUUGCGCUGAGGACCCGAUUCGGUGUUGCAGUCACCCUUGCGCUCCCCUCUGCCGCAUCGAAGGCACUCAAGUCGCGGACCCAAAGAACUGCUGCAUGUAUUACAUCUGUGCCGGAGAAGGCGAGCCCUCAUCUGAACUUCACUUUCAGUGUUCUUCAGGCAAAGUUUUUGACGCGACCACAGGGCGCUGCGUCGUGGGAACGGAAUGCACGAAUUCCUGUGGCGUGGAAGCUGAGGAAGCAUUAGACGCAGCGGUGCAGCAGCGCCUGGAAGCCAGUGAUGCUUCGCUGGAGGACUCCCGUGGUGAAGAACGGGUGUUGGUUGAGGCGUGGUAAAGCAAGAUUGAAAUGGUGUGGUCAGAGACAAUUAUCAGGCUUAUAAUACUUAAACACCGACACACACACACACACACACACACACAC